ACUCGGGGUGACCAGGAGAAAGCCCCAAGUACCUCUGGCCACGUUGGAAAAGAAGAUUUUUCAGCUGCCGUUGUGUUUAUUGUGUCCUACGAACUUACCUUGGAAGCAAGAAACGGAACUGUGUUGCUGAUCCCUAGGUAUGGAUAUAGGCCCCACAAUGGAAACAACCACAGACUAUUUCUACAUCUAUUCUGAAGAAGAGAUUGACUACGACAAAUUAGCAGAACAUGCUCCAUGUGUUAAGGACAACAUUGGGUCUACCUUCCUCCCAACAGUCUACUCCUUACUGUUUGUGGCUGGACUUCUAGGGAAUACUCUUGUUUUGUGGGUAUUGAUCAGAUGUGUAAAACUAAGGAGCAUGACUGAUGUUUCUCUUCUGAAUUUGGCAGUUUCUGAUUUGUUGUUUGUUUUCUCACUUCCAUUCCUGGCAUAUUAUGCAAAAGAUCAAUGGCUCUUUGGGGACGUGAUGUGUAAAAUAAUCCUAGGGUGUUACAGUAUUGGCUUCUACAGUGGUAUAUUUUUUGUAACCCUGAUGAGUAUAGACAGGUAUCUAGCAAUAGUCCAUGCAGUGUAUGCACUAAGAACUAGAACAGUGAAGUAUGGCACCAUUGCAAGCAUUGUGGUUUGGAUAGCAUCCUUCCUGGUUUCAUUUCCAGAGAUAAUGUACAAUCAAGAGAUCAAUGACAACAUAACCACGUGCAGACCUAAGUAUCCAGAUUCCAAUCUAAAAACCCUGAAAGCACUUCAUAUUUUUAAAAUGAAUGUACUGGGGCUGCUGAUCCCAUUUGGCAUCAUGGUUUUCUGUUAUUCGUGUAUCAUAAAAAGAUUACUGAGUUGCAGAUCUGUCAAAAAGCAAACCAUUAAACUUGUUUCUUUAGUAAUCAUGGUAUUUUUCCUUUUCUGGACUCCAUAUAAUAUUGUUUCCUUUUUGGACGCUUUACAGGUCUUUCAUGUAUUUGAUGAUUGUGAAACAAAUAAGAGACUUGACUUAAGCCUUCAGGUCACAGAGUCAAUAGCCUAUGUCCACAGUUGUUUGAACCCAUUGAUCUAUGUGUUUGCUGGAGAAAAGUUUAAGAGGCACCUCUCCAGACUGCUAUUCAGAAUUUUAGACUGUAAGGUAUUAAGAAACUUGCGACCAACCACUAUUUCAGUGCACUCAAGAUCAACCAGCAUAGUUGAACAUUCCUCAGGCGUAUAA